AGCAAUCGGGUGCGCGCGACGACCACGAUACCAGUGAACGGUGGUACAUUUCGCCGCCUCGAACCACCUACCCUCGCGAACGUUUUAUUCGGUUCGGUCGUUGGUCCGAGGCAACCCGUGCCGAUCAAUUCGACGCGUUCGCGGCGCGUGGUGCAUCAGCGUUUCACGCCGCGCCGUACGGCUCGUCACCAGCAGCCAGGGGUUACCGGGACCGCUUACCCUCGAGGGAAACAUUGCAGAGGAGAUUGCUCGCGUCGCGUUGCCCGAUCGGUUUCCGUGCCGGUGUUUCGCCACGGCUCGGAUUUGCUCGGCUAAAAUUACACGACCAGUGAUCGAGGAACGCCGUUGAAAACGUGCAACGUGCAGCGUGCCCGUUGACGCAAUGGCACACUUUAAGAUGUGACUCCUUCCUUCGUUCACGCUUCGAUCGCGUCAGCUGAUCGACAACGUGUAGCGAACAAAUUAGGUGAUUAUCGGCGAACAUGGCUCUGGUGAUGCUGCCCUGCGACCUGCCGUGGUGGCCAGCCGUGGUCAAGCAACUGGACCGCGCGGCCGCCGCCAGAGACUCCGAGAAUCUCGUGGAGGCGAUGCAACGCUUGCACGACAUGUGCAAACGCGAGGAACAGUGCAUACUGAAAAGCAUCAGCCUCGAUCCCGAGGAGGACUCGCAGGACCCCGAGCUGUUCUCCGGAUUGGCGUCGUUCCUCGACGCGGACCUCGACUCGGCGGAACGGGGACACGUGCUCGGCAAGACGAUACCGCGGAUGGUGGAACGGGCGAAAGCGUUGAGAAGCUGCAAACCUCCGCAGGGGUUGCACUUCAGCCUCCAGCAACAAGGUGACUGCGUCGAGUACAGCUACGGGUUCGUCUCGUCCCUGAUCGCGAACGCGUUCUUCUCCACGUACCCGAAGAGGACCGCGAAAACCCAUCCGACCCUGCGCGACUUCAAUUUCACCAACUUCUUCAAGCACCUUCGAAAUAACGGACAGAAAGCGAAACUGAAAAGUAUCUUUCACUACUACGACUAUCUGGACACGGAGAACGCGUUGGACGGUAAACUGGUGAUCUCCAGGCAGGUAAUGACGUCGAAGCAGUGGCUGACCAUCGAGGAUUGGCUGGAGAGCAGCGUGCCCCUCUGCCCGCUGAUGAUACGGCACGAGGGUCGGUUGGAGAGGGUGGAACCGGAAACGAAAGUAUUGCGCGUUUGCUUCGCGAGCGCGAAGUUUGGCGGCGGCGUGCUUGACGGUGAUGUUACGCAAGAAACUGUACAUAUAGCGACGCAUCCCGAGAUGCUCGCGGCGAUUCUGUCGGUCGAGGCUUUAGAGGACAACGAAGCUCUGAUAGUGGAAGGCGUUAGACACGUGUCUCGAAUAAACGAUCCCCGCAACAGAGCCACGUUCGAGGCUCUGGCCAAACCGAAUACCGUGACGGUCUGCUGCAUCGACCCCGAGGAUUACUCGACGCUGCCCCUGCCGCAAUUCGAGGAGGACAACGUGCUACGGGAAAUGAACAAAUCGUUGCUCGGGUUUCGGCAGAGACGCGUGCCGAGCAGCCCGACGGAUCCGGUCGGCAAGUCGGAGUUGGAUCCGGACGGCGCGUUGAGCUCUCGCAGACUCUCGCCGAUCGGAGAGAGCUUCAGCAGUACACCGCCGGAAACGGACGCCGACGACAAGCCGGUGUCCGCGAAUCACGACGUUAGAGAAGGGAAAUCGACCGAGCAGAGCAAGUGCGACGGUCCGACGGAGGUUCGCACCAGGCCGAACGGCAAGUCCGUCAGGCCGCCGAGCCCUCACAAGACGUGCAAGGACGCCAGCUGCACCAGCAGGAGGAGCCGAUUCAUAGUCCUCGGCUCGAGCGGAGAAGUUCUGCCCGUCACGCGGAAGUCGCUCGGGCAAAUGUCGGUGUACAGCAGCUGCAAUAGCCAGAGCACGGACAGCUUUCACAGCGCGAAAGACGUGAUAGACGAAGAUCUCGAGGAGGAAGAGCAGAGGUUGAGCAAGCGGUACAGCAGUCAAUUGGACACGCCGGAGAGGAGGGGGACGUUCGCCCAGCGUCUGAGGGACGCUCUGAAGCGCGAGAGCACGGCGACCGGCGGCGCGACUUCCUCGAACACCUCGUCCGGAGAGAGCAGCUACGCGGUAGGGAUAAGCGUGUCCGGGAGUCACGUUUACGAUCAAGAUAUUAAGGUGAAAAGGGGUGGCUCGAGGGGCUUCGUCCUCAGAGACGAAACCGUGGACGAGGAGUUUCUGAAGGAGUCGUUGGAAGCGGAGCAAAAGUGGCUGGGUAGGUUCCGGCAAAAUCAAUCCACGCUUCAGCGGAGAGACACGAGCGCUAGCAGUAGAUACAGUUUCAGCACCGAAUACAAUUCUGAUUUUUGUUCGGAGCUCGAGGAGGUGUACGAGCAGCUAGCGAAAUGGUUGGAAGAGCCUGCAGCGGCGGACGAGUCCCGCGAAUUAGACGCGAGAGACAGGGCGGUGGUUCGGUUCGCCGGCUCGUUGUUGAAGAGAGCUCUCAGCGAGUCGUUCGCCGGCGUGCCGGUACAGGAGGGUGAACCGCAACCCCUCAUUGAUUCCGUCGACGUGAAUCAAAGGCACAAGCUGGCUUUGGCCGUCAGAAGUUUGAGUUUAGAGCUAGCCCGACAAAAAAAUAGGAGACAGCAAUCAAUACCAUCGUCUUUCGUACGUAGCCAAGUCUCACCGGAUCAUUACGGUACGCAGGUCUCAGACUCCGAAGACGUAGAAUAUUACGAAGACGCUUUAAGUAAUCAUACCACGUCGAGAGAGGUAAAGGAUAUCCAACGUAAAAAGCUUAGGACGGUAACGUUCACGUCCGAACUUUUUCAAACAUUGGUCGACGACGAAACUACCGUGUAUCUGUCUAAUCCUGUUUCUUUAAGUACAUCUGGACCCAUAAAGGAUAAUCUUGCGCAAGAAUUCGAAUCGCAUGCUACACUUAACAUACCGAGAGACAGUAGUCCGCAAUCCGGUGGAUUGUUGCCUGUCGCCACUGGAAAUUGGGGAUGCGGAUCUCGAUUGAAAGGGGACCCCCAGUUGAAGCUUGUUAUUCAGUGGCUCGCCGCUUCUUUGGCGGGCGUGCCAAAAUUAAUAUAUUACACGGCAGGGAAUCCCAGGCUAUCGAAGUUAGAUACUGUGAGCAGAGUACUGAUGGACAGGCAUUGGUCGGUCGGCGAUCUGGCCGCCGCCACGUUAAGAUUUUCAUUGCAAAUUAUGGAGGAAAGAACCGAGGGAAGGAACACGCUGUUCGAAGAGAUAAUCGGCAUGGACAAACCUAGUCCUUAGCCCGACUCGAUGCUGUCCGUUCUGGUGGACAUUUUAGCCACCAUGAUCGAGGACAGCCUGCUGAACGCUUAACGCCGAUUCUAUUACCAGAGGAGAACCGUCUGCGAGAACUCUCGCAGCUGACGAACGAAUUUAGAAGCAGGCGUGACGACCGUCGCAGAAACCUUUCGUUUACCAACAAUUUUUUACGAAUCGAUACGAUAUGGGGGAAACAUCGAUCCCCGCGGUUUCCAAUGUUUCAUAUCAAUGCAAUAUCAAACAAAAUCGCACAACUCAGCGUACAAAGGGGAAUACUUAAAAUACAAAACGAGAAUUUAAAUACAGUUUAAGUGAACGAUACAGGCGAACAAAGUCAAAAAGUGUUGUUAUUACAGGUUGUACGAGAGACAACUGUGUUAUAUGAUUUUCCGGUGUAUAUUGUCAUUGUUGUCCUAACAGUAUUUAUAGAGAUUUAAUAGUCUAUAUUCACGGAAAAUGUCAAUUCAGAUUUAUGUUCGUAUAGAAUACGUGUAACCUGAGAUACGGUUACCUGCAAUAACUAACGAGGCACAAUAUAUCACACUAUAUUUUGUACAGUAUAAUAUUUAAAGUCGUUGUAUGUGUCGGAUCAACGCGUAUGUAAUAACUUAAUGA